GGUUGACGUGACGUACUGGGGUUCGUGAAAACACUACUGGUUACUGCUGGGAGUAGAAAUUGUACUGUCAGCAAAUGGGACAUAUUUAAUCUUAGCCCAAUAAAACAAAAGCCACGAGAGACAACAAAAUGGAUCACUCCGUUAAAGAAAAGGAAGCCAUGGCCCUUAUCGCCGAGGCGGAUAAAAAGAUUAAAUCACAUUCGGUUCUUGGGAGUCUUUUUGGAGGUCCGACCCGUAAAUACGAAGAAGCAUGUGAAAUGUAUGUGAGAGCAGCAAACAUGUUCAAAAUGGCAAAAAACUGGGGUGCCGCUGGUAAUGCAUUCUGUCAAGCAGCACGACUUAACUUGCAGAUGGAAAAUAAACUGGAUGCUGCUAUUAAUUUCAUUGAUGCAGGGAAUGCCUUCAAAAAAGCAGACCCACAAGAGGCCAUCAGCUGUCUGGCUAAUGCCGUUGACAUAUACUCGGACAUGGGUCGUUUCACUAUUGCAGCUAAACACCAUAUCUCCAUCGCUGAGGUCUAUGAGACAGAAUUUUUAGACAUUGAAAAGGCUAUUGCUCACUAUGAGCAGGCAUCAGAUUACUACAAAGGCGAGGAGUCUAACAGUGCUGCGAACAAGUGCCUUCUCAAAGUAGCCACCUAUGCCGCUCAACUGGAACAGUACCAGAAAGCCAUUGAGAUUUACGAGCAGAUUGGAACAUACGCGAUGGAUAGCACCCUGUUGAAAUACGGCGCGAAAGACUAUUUCUUCAAAGCAGCACUGUGUCAUUUCUGUGUGGACAUGCUGAACGCAAAGCUGUCUGUUCAGAGGUAUGAGGAGAUGUUUCCUGCCUUCUCAGACUCUCGAGAAUGCAAACUGGUUAAGAAACUUCUAGAUGCAUUUGAGGAACAAGAUGUGGAUGCGUUCACUGAUGCUGUGAAGGACUUUGACUCAAUCUUCAGACUGGAUCAGUGGAAUACCACUAUGCUACUGAGAAUCAAGAAAACCAUACAGGAUGAUGAGAGUGACCUGCGCUAACAUUUGCUUAGCCUAAAAGAAGUUGAGAAAUAUAUUUAAAAAAAAGAUAACUCCUUUAACUCAAACCUGAAAUCAAUGUGUCCUUUUACAUUCCUCAAUGACCUGUCUUACUUUCCAUUCCUGUCAUGUUUUUCCACAACCUUUGUUUCUGAUCUAUUCAUCCCUUUAGAGAUUCACGUGGAUGUGCAUACCAGAAAACAGUGGGGAAGAAAAUGCAUUCCUUGACUAUCUUCUGUACUUAAUUUGUUCCUUGUUUUUUGGUUGGACAAAUUUUAUUUAUUUUUGUUGACUACGGUUUGAUCAACCUUCCAUGUUUUUUUCCUUACUGUAUGUGAUUGCGAGUAAGCAAUAUGGGCUUUGGCCCACACCCCAAAGAAUACCUUUAAUAACAAAUAGUCAAUAGAAAUGAGAUCAUUGGAAACUACUGGUGAUAUGUUGAUACUGUUGUAUGUGUUACAGUAUGUAUUUAUGUUCCACUAUUGAAGACUUCAGUUUUAGAGCAUCCCACAGUAAAGCAUAAGUUAUUGCUUAACCUAAAUUGUCCUUGUUUAAAUAGGAUUUGUUCAUGUUCAGUGUCAGUUCUAGCUAUUGGGAGAUGUAUCCUCUGUUUGGAAAUGCAUCUUACAUGACUGGCCUGCCGGCAGCCAUUCCACAUUGUCAUUAUGUAAUAUGUUUUUAUUGAUAUACCACGUGUAUUAUAAUAAUUUUAAUUAUCUGUUUGAUUCUUGCACUGGGAUAUUUUGUUGAUGGGCAUAACUGGAAUAUACUUUAUUUUUGAUCUUUGAUUAUUUAUAAGCAUGCAUCCUAUUUAUUGUUGUACAACUACCUUAAAUGCAUCGCAAAUAAACUUGACCAGAUAAGUUUC